AUAUCAUCAUCAUCUUCUUCUUCUUCUUCUCCCUCAUUCCUCUUCCUUUUCCUUUUUCCUUUUUAAGCUUUCUAUAAUCUCUGCGCCUGUGUAUUCAAAUCAAGAUUUCAAGUUCCCCAGCUCCACUCUCUCUCCUCUCUUUCUCUUUCCCUUUCUCCUCUUUGUUCUUUUAUGAUUACUGCCCACGAAAACCUCCACUGUGUGUUAGUUUUUAAAAUUUUUCCCUUGCUCACUUCACAAUAAAAAAGAAGGGAAAAAUUCUAAGUAAUAAUUUUUUUUUUUGUUUGGCCACCUUGUUUUCUGUUUCGUCUUCCCCUUUUUGAUGCCGAGCUCAUGAUGGCUGGUCUGGAUUUAGGCACUGCUUCUCGCUUCCUCCCUCAUCUCCAACUCCAACGUCACAGCGACUCUGGAGACGACCCGAGUAACCCUAGCCAUAACCCUUAUUCUGGCGACCCCCACGAUGACGGAUCCCACCACCACGGCCUCGAUCUGGGCGCCGCCGCCAACCCUGGGCCUGGCGACAUCGUCGCCCGCCGGCCCCGGGGCCGACCCCCGGGUUCCAAGAACAAGCCGAAGCCGCCGGUCAUCAUCACCAGGGAGAGCGCCAACACGCUCCGGGCGCACAUCCUCGAGGUCGGCAGCGGGUGCGACGUGUUCGAGUGCGUCGCGACGUACGCGCGGCGGCGGCAGCGUGGGGUCUGCAUCCUCAGCGGGAGCGGCACAGUGACCAACGUCAGCCUCCGGCAGCCGGCCGCGGCCGGGGCCGUGGUGACGCUGCACGGCCGGUUCGAGAUCCUGUCGCUCUCGGGGUCGUUCCUCCCGCCGCCGGCGCCCCCGGGGGCCACGAGCCUCACGGUGUUCCUGGCGGGAGGGCAAGGGCAGGUGGUCGGAGGCAGCGUGGUUGGGGAGCUGACCGCGGCCGGGCCGGUCAUUGUCAUCGCUGCCUCCUUCACCAAUGUCGCCUACGAGAGGUUGCCGCUUGACGAGGAGGAGCAGCAGCUACAUAUGCAGCCGCCAGCCUCGCAGCCGCCGUCCGGAGGUGGGGCCGCCACUGGUAACUCGUACCCAGAUCCGUCGUCGGGGCUUCCCUUCUUCAAUUUGCCGCUCAACAACAUGGGGUCUGUUCAGUUGCCGGUGGAGAAUUGGCCAGGAAAUAACUCAGUACCACGUCCUCCAUUUUGAGAAGCA